GUGAGAGGCUGAGCGUUUCUUCGCUUCAGCCUCUCAGUCGCUUUCUGGCUUCCGUGGUGGAAGGAGCUCGCUUGCAGAGCUCCUUCCUUGGAGGCUAGGUGGGGGGAGCGCCCGACAAGCGGGCGGGGUGCAAUUUCGGCAGUGAGCUGUCGUGGGGGCUACAGCGUCGGCGGCGGCAGUGGUCCCCCUAGUUGUUGGGGAGCUCCUUGGGAGUCUUUCGGCCUGGUCGCGGCUGCAGCGUUUCGGGGCCUAGCGGGCCCGCGGCGGCACAUCUUGGGCGCUUCUCCACCAGGGCUUUUGCCCUUCGGUUUGUUGGGCAUUGGGGGGUUGCUUGGGCGGUUGGGGCUGCUGUUUCUCCCCCAAGGCAGCCUAUUUUCCUUCAAGGGUCUCGUGCCACUGCGAUUUGGUUUUCUUUUCUUUUGGGGCUUAUCGGGCCUGCUUAGGAGUGGGCGUGGGGUUGGCCUUCCAACCCUGUUCUGAGUGGGCUUGUAGGCCUGGGUGGUGACUAAGGGUCUUUUUGUUCUCCGUUAUAUAUUUCUAUCUAUAAUUUUACAAAUUAUUUUUUUUUAAAAAAAGGUGGUGGUUUUGUGCUGGUUUUCUGUGGGUGGUUUGUUGUGGGGUCUAUCCUUGUGGGUGCACCUUUAUUCAAGAAGAUGCCGGGGAAGGCCAAGGGUAAAAAAGGGGGGCGCCCUGUCAAACAGCCCAAGAGGCCUGCUCCCCCACAAUCGUCUUCGGAUGAAGAGGAUGAAGAGAUGACUCUCAUCUGUGGGUUAAUUGCUAGAAUGGAGGCUUUGGAAAAGGCCAAGGCAGCCCCUUCCGAUAAGGGUGCUGGUCCUUCGGGUGGGGGUGGCGUGCCUCCUCCUAAGGUUCCACGUCGGACUAGGGGUUCUGUGAAAAGCCAGCUGCUAACAUCUCUUUCUAGUAGGUUGGCCGCACUUGAGGAGGGGCUAAGCCCUGCCGGACCGGGCCCUGCUACACCACCAUUACCGCCUCCUGCACCUGAGGUCCCAGCGCCUGAGCAGCCUUCACCAUUGCUACCUCCGCCUGCAGCACCGGCUGGCCAGCUGCCAACGGAUCCGGCUAAUCCUUUGCCCCCGGGUGCUGGUGGGGCGGCGGUCCCGGUCCGAGUCCUGAUGUGUGGCCAUUCCUUGGUCUUUUGGGCUUUCAAGCGGGCCAGCACCUCCCGCUGGGGAUCCCAGCUGGGUUUUGGAUGCAAAGCUUCAGUUUACUGGUUGGGCAUGAGGGGCAUGCUCUGGAAUCAGUUGCUUCCAGCGUUAAGGGAUCAUUUAGACAGGUUUCCCUCUCCUGACAUUCUUGUUCUUCAUCUUGGGGAGAAUGAUCUAGGCCGGCGGCCUGGUCUCGCCAUCUUUCAGCAAGCCUCAUCGGAUUUGGCUAUUUUGCGCAGGUGGAUGCCUGGUGUAUACGUGAUUUGGAUUAAUUGGCUCCAACGCAGAGUUUGGCGUGGUGCUCGCUCUGGUCUUAGUCUAGAGAGGGCACGCAGAAAAAUUUCAGCUGCAAUAAGCAGACUGGUGAUGGCAGCUGGGGGGUCGGUGGUUCGGCAGCCGGAUUUGGCUGCUCGCUUCCCUGAGCUCUUUCGCCCUGACGGGGUGCAUCUUUCCGAAAAAGGUUGUGAUUUAUAUUUACACAAUAUCCGUGAGGCUCUUGCUGAAAGUUUAGGCAAAUGUGGGGCAGGAAGGUCAAGCGAUGGCUAACCUUCCUGGGUGGCAGGAACAGUGCGGGCUGUGGGGUAAGGAGGUAUAGAUUUAGGUGAGCACCCUUGGGCAUUUUUAAGGUGGAUUGGUCAAUCGCUUCCUUGUGGCCUGUGCGGCACGGGAAGACUUUGAUUGCCAAGAAACCUGCUUCAGGGCUUCACCAACCUUUGGGCUGUGCGGUCUGGGGCGGUAAAGAUCCGAAGCUGUUCAGAUCCCCUCUUUAAAAGGGGGGGUUGGCUUUGAAGGAAUUGGGCAGGAGCUGCCUGCCUCUUUCCUGAGCCAGGGUGUGUCGCCCUUGCGGGCAAUGGGUAGGACGUUUUGAAUCCUAGCCCAUGCCUAGGUGCCCGCACUGUUUAAGUUGGUGAUUAAUCACCUUGUUUCAGGCUGCCAUGCCUGUUGUUGUUAAAUAUUAAUAAAGCGUGGCCCGUUUCUCCCAUUAAAAAAAAUGUCUCUGUGUCUUCUUGGGCCGGGGUCUGGGUACAAUCCCCCUCCCCUUGCCUCAUGCAGGUGGGAGGGUGCUUGUCCCAGCCCGGGUCACGAGGCCCAAGGAGCAGCCUUCAUUGGCUGGCUAGCCCGUGGUGGGCGGGGCUCCGUGAGAGGCUGAGCGUUUCUUCGCUUCAGCCUCUCAGUCGCUUUCUGGCUUCCCCCUCCCUCCCUCCCUGAUGCAGAGCGGGUCUAGCGACUGGUCGCCUUUGGGGCCGAGUAGGAAUUUUUUGCUCUCAACUUAUUGGCUGUGGUUGGGAGUUUUUUCGCCUACUCCGUUCUGUAGUCAGUUGACAGUUAGGUUUUAGGUUGGCCACGUUGGCAGGAACAGUGCGGGCUGUGGGGUAAGGAGGUAUAGAUUUAGGUGAGCACCCUUGGGCAUUUUUAAGGUGGAUUGGUCAAUCGCUUCCUUGUGGCCUGUGCGGCACGGGAAGACUUUGAUUGCCAAGAAACCUGCUUCAGGGCUUCACCAACCUUUGGGCUGUGCGGUCCGGGGCGGUAAAGAUCCGAAGCUGUUCAGAUCCCCUCUUUAAAAGGGGGGGUUGGCUUUGAAGGAAUUGGGCAGGAGCUGCCUGCCUCUUUCCUGAGCCAGGGUGUGUCGCCCUUGCGGGCAAUGGGUAGGACGUUUUGAAUCCUAGCCCAUGCCUAGGUGCCCGCACUGUUUAAGUUGGUGAUUAAUCACCUUGUUUCAGGCCGCCAUGCCUGUUGUUGUUAAAUAUUAAUAAAGCGUGGCCCGUUUCUCCCAUUAAAAAA